AUGGUCUCCUCAACCCCCAGCACUGGAAGCGAACAACAAGAAAUCCUGUACGACAAUGGCGCGACUCUCAUGGCGUCGGGGGCCUUGGCACUGCACGAUCACGUGGCUUCACGGAUGCAAGCAGCGCUUGGGCGACGUCUCCCUCAAGUGGAGGUCCGGUAUAAGGACGUGUCCAUCUCGGCCAACAUCGUCGUGAAGGACGCGGCCCAAGUGGAAGCGGAGCUGCCUACAAUCGCCAACGUGAUCAAGCAAAGCGCGCGCAGUGUCGGAGGCAAGCGGCACGUGGUCCAGAAGAGCAUCCUGCGCAAUGUGAGCGGCGUGUUCAAGCCUGGAACUAUGACGCUGGUGCUCGGCCAGCCUGGGUCCGGCAAGUCUUCGCUCAUGAAGCUCCUUAGUGGGAGGUUCCCCACCUCCAGGAACGUUUCCAUCGAGGGUGACGUGGCGUUCAAUGGUUCAUCCCCAUCUACCGACUUUGACGGUCAAGAGACGCUCGAGUUCGCGCACGGCUGCAACGGCGGAGGGUUGUCCAAGCGCGACCAGCAGCGUCUUGUCCACGGCAGUCCUGAGGAGAACCAAGCCGCCCUGGAGGCAGCCCGAGCGCUGUACAAGCACCACCCUGACGUUAUCAUCCGUCUAUUGGGCCUCGAGAACUGCCAGAACACUAUCGUGGGGGACGCGAUGCUGCGCGGCGUGUCGGGCGGCGAGCGCAAGCGCGUGACGACGGGCGAGAUGGCGUUCGGCAACAAGUUUGUAUUGUUGAUGAACGAGAUCAGCACGGGACUCGACAGCGCCGCAACGUUCGACAUCAUCUCGACGCAGCGCAGCCUGGCUAAAGCCUUCGGUAAGACCGUGGUGAUCUCACUGCUGCAGCCGUCGCCCGAGGUCUUUGAGCUCUUCGACGACGUGCUGCUCUUGAACGAUGGCUACGUCAUGUACCAUGGACCUCGCUCGGAGGCACAGAAUUACUUUGAAGACGUGGGCUUCAAGUGUCCUCCGAGCCGCGACGUAGCCGACUUCUUGCUGGAUCUAGGCACCGACAAGCAGCGUCAGUAUGAAGUGGGCCCUAUCCCGAGGACGGCGGCCCAGUUCGCGGAUGAGUUCGAGACGUCGGACACCCACAAGCGUAUGAUGAACCAUCUCCACUCUCCAGUAGACCAAGAGCUCCUGGAAGACGGCAAGACCUACAUCGAUUCCACUCCGCAGUUCCAGCAGGGUUUCUUCACCGGCACUGCUACAAUCGUAGCUCGGGAGCUGAAGGUGCUCGCCCAAGACUCGGCAGCAGUCAAGAGCCGGGCAUUCAUGGCUUUGGUCCUCGGGCUGCUGUACGGCACGGCGUUCUACCAGUUCGACGAGGUGAAUUCCCAGGUGGUCAUGGGCCUGGCGUACUCGGCCGUUGACACGCUGUCAGUGGCCAAGUCGGCCAUGAUCCCGACCAUCCUCGCAACGCGCGACGUCAUCUACAAGCAACGCGGCGCCAACUUCUACCGGACUUCGUCUUUUGUGAUCGCGAGCUCGGCCAAGCAGAUCCCCGUGGUGCUGAUGGAGACGCUGCUCUUCGGGUCGAUCGUCUACUGGAUGUGCGGGUUCGUGGCCAGUGCUCAGAGCUUCGUCCUGUACCAAGUCGUGCUGUUCCUCGUCAACAUGGCGUACGCCGCGUGGUUCUUCUUCAUCGCGUCCGUGUGUCCCAACAUCAACGUGGCGAACCCGAUCUCGCUGCUGUCGUUGCUCUUCCUCGCGACCUUCUCCGGGUUUCUCAUCACUAAGGAGUCGAUCCCCGUGUAUUUGUCGUGGAUCUACUACAUCAGUCCGCACGCAUGGGGGAUCCACGCCGUCGCGGUGAACCAAUACCGGGACUCGCGCUUCGACACGUGCGUGUACGUUGGAGUGGACUACUGCGCGGAGUACGGCAUGCAGAUGGGCGAGUACAUGCUCAGCGUCUACGGCGUGCCCAGCGAGAAGUACUGGCUGUGGGUGUCUCUGAGAGAUAACUACGCUCUCGUAACUACGCCCAAGGCUGCGACUAAUGCGCUGAACAACGAGCAAGAUGUGAUCCUGUCCGUGACGCGCUCUACCGAGAAGAACUUCGUUCCUGUGACGCUGGCCUUCAACGACUUGUGGUACUCCGUGCCGGAUCCGACGAACGCCAAGUCUAGCAUUGAUCUGCUCAAUGGUGUGAGUGGGUUUGCCCUACCAGGCACGAUCACUGCGCUGAUGGGGUCUUCCGGCGCUGGAAAGAUGACGCUCAUGGAAGUCAUCGCUGGACGGAAGACUGGGGGGACAAUCCGAGGCGACAUCAUGCUGAAUGGGUAUCCUGCCACGGAUCUCGCUAUUCGUCGAGCCACGGGCUACUGCGAGCAGAUGGACAUCCACUCCGACGCGUCAACGUUCCGUGAGGCGCUGAUGUUUAGUGCCUUCCUGCGCCAAGGUGCCGACGUUCCUGACAGCCAGAAGUACGACUCGGUGAACGAGUGCCUCGAGCUGCUGGACUUGCACCCGAUCGCCGACCAGAUCAUCCGCGGCAGCUCCACGGAGCAGAUGAAGCGCCUGACCAUCGGCGUGGAGCUGGCGGCGCAGCCCAGCGUGCUGUUCCUGGACGAGCCCACGAGCGGCUUAGACGCUCGAUCGGCCAAGCUCAUCAUGGACGGCGUGCGCAAGGUGGCGGACACGGGGCGCACCGUUGUGUGCACGAUCCACCAGCCGUCGGCUGUGAUGUUCGAAGUGUUUGAUAGUCUGUUGCUGCUAAAGCGCGGUGGAGAGAUGGUCUUCUUUGGGGAUCUCGGUGCGAAGGCGACCAAGCUGGUCGAGUACUUCGAGUCCAUCGACGGUGUGGCGAAGCUGGAGAAAGACUACAACCCAGCGACGUGGAUGUUGGAGGUCAUCGGCGCAGGAGUAGGCAACGACAACGGCAACAAGACCGACUUCGUACACAUUUUCAAGUCAAGUGUCCAAGCUCAGCAACUCGAAGCGAACUUGAAGCGUGAGGGAGUGACUCGACCUUCGCCGAAUGUACCAGCACUCGUAUUUGGCAAGAAACGCGCAGCCGGCAACCUGACGCAGGCCAAGUUCCUGAUCAAGCGCUUCUUCGACCUCAGCGUCGUGCCCAUAUCCAUCCAAGAACGCGCCUCAUUCUACCGCGAGCGGUCGUGCGAAUCAUACAAUGCGUUCUGGUACUUCGUCGGCGCCACACUCGUCGAGAUCCCGUACUGCUUCUUCGAGUCGCUGCUCUUCAUGGUCAUCUACUACCCGAUGGUCGGCUUCACCGGUGACACGCAGUUCUUCGCGUACUGGUUGAAUCUGACGGGGCUUGUGGUGCUGCAAGCGUACUUCGGCCAAUUGCUGGCCUACUUGGCGCCCAACCUGGAGGUGGCGUCGGUGUUCGUCAUCCUCGUCAACUACGUCUGGAUCACGUUCACGGGCUUCAACCCCCCGGUUGCCUCCAUCCCCCAGGACUAUCGAUGA